UAACAAGAAUUGUUUGAAGUUUAAUUCAUGUUAAAAUUAUAACAUGCAUCACCAUCAUAGAAGACGAAAAAAACGUCCCAAUUAUAAUACACGCACAGUUGAAGUGUCAAGAGGCUGUAAUGGGUUUGGUUUCACCAUAUCUGGUCAGAAGCCUUGUAUUUUGUCGUGUAUUGUGGAAAAUUCACCAGCUGAUCAGGCUGGGCUCAAAGCUGGAGAUUUUUUAAUAUCAGUAAAUGGUACUAAUGUGUCUAAAUUGCCGCAUGAAGCAGUUGCACAAGCCAUCGGAAAUUCAUUUGGAACAAUUCGACUCCAAAUAGCUGAAAACUAUUUCUCAGACAGCUCAGAAGAAGAAAUAUCUAUUGGGCAUAUAAAUCGAGUAAAACCCAGAUAUAUACAACACAGACAUAAAAUGAAUCGAAUAAAAAACGUGCCAUCAUCCCAAAAACCAAAUUUAUGGAGAGAAGAAACAAAAAUUUUAAAACAAAAUUACGCUGAUGACAAUUGUAUACGGCAAAAUCAAAUUAAUAUGUCUGAAAAUCAAGCUCCAGUCAAUAUUAAUGUUGAUAUUAUUAAAAAACAUUCCAAUGUAAAAAGUCCAGUGACAUGUUUACUAUCUCCCAAAGCUAGUACUUCAAAAGAACAAAUUAAUAUAAACGCGGCUAUUCGGAAAACUGUUGAAUUUGAAAGUUCAAAUAUUUGUUUACAAGACGAUAAUGCAAUAUCACCUUUAGAGUACCGUGCAAUCGUUGGAUAUAUGGGAACUAUAGAAAUGCCUAGGCAAAUAACUACUAGUACUAAAUUACAAACUGUCCGAAGUUGUAUAAGAAAACUUCAGCGUGAGAAGAGAAGUCCAAGUACUGUUCUUAUGACAAUAUUACCAAAUUGUCUAACAUUGAAAAAUUCUAACUCUGUAAUAUUGGCAGCGUUUCCAGCAUCUCGGCUCACAUAUGUAACAAGCUCUUCAGAAAGCGAAAAUCGAUUUUUUGGUUUAGUCACAAGCGCAUUCCAUACUCACAAUGAGAAUGAAGAUGAAGGUGCAGUCGGUGGUAUAAUCAAUAAUCAAUUACAACCGAAAGAAAUUACAAUUUCUAACAGCUGCCAUGUAUUUGUCAUUGAUACAAAAAUAUGUGAACACAGUGUUCAUGAACAUAAAGCAAUUGAAUUUCAAAUUGUAUGUACGAAAGACCCUAUAUCAAACUUGUGCCUAGAAUUUCCAAAUAAUUCAGAAUAUGUUGUAAAUUUAAUAAGAAGUAUGUACACAAUGAAAACGAUGCCAUUUCCCAUACGUAAUUUCCAUUCACAAGGUAUUAACGGUAACUCCGGUAAGCGUUUUAACCAAGAACCGUCAGCAAAUUCUCCUCAACCAAGUAAUCACAGCGAAGUAACCACUACAUCAUCAAAUUCAGAUUCUGGAAUUGGUUUUCAUAAUGAUUGCGCUAAUAUAUCUGAUAGAAUUUUAGUAGUCGAUUUUCCAAAUAUCAUAUUAAACAAUAGAACGAUUCCAGUUUUAUCUAGGCCAUCUGGUAUUUGCCAUAACAUUGGUCAAUGUAGCAGCGGCAGCAGUAGUUUGCAAACAAGUCCUGAAAAAAUUCAAUUACCACCAACAUUCCCUAAUACUAAUCAAUUACAAUAUAAGUUGAAUGAAUUUAGUAAACGUGUUAAUAUGCGACCCGAUCAAAAAGUAUUGUUGGCAGCAUCAGUUCUUUCAGAAGCUUUAGCAAAUGCUUCAAUCUCAGCAUCUAAUAAAAAUAAAAAUAAAUCCAAAUUAUUGACAACAAAAUCAUGUGAUGAUGUUUUAUCGUCUAUUGAACGUGAUGAACCAGUUACAUUUCAAAAGAAAAAAAACUUGCAAAUGUCAAUGGACGAUAUAUCAAUUUUAUCGAGCAAUAAGAUUAAAGUCCAAUUUCAAAGUCCGAUUCAGAAAAAGAAAAUUACCGAGCACGUAUUUCUGCCACCGGGAAAACCAAUAAGAAGAACUAGAAAAACUUCAUAUCCUGAAAAUAACGAGAGUAAAACAAAAAUAGAGAAAGAUCCAAAAUAUAUAAAAAAUUCAGAAGCCAGAAAGAAGAAUGAAAGAGAAAAUUUUUCCGAUUUUCAAAAAACUAGUGUAAUAGAUAAUUUAAUUAAUUUCAGUAGAAAAAGUGGUAAUGGAAUUUCGAAACACGUUCAAGAAAGCUUUGAAAUUUGGGGAAGCCUACAGGAUAUUAAAAAGGCAGUUGAAAAUGAUAAGUUUGAAAGCCAUUUCAUUGAUGGAACUUACAGUGAACCAGAUCUUCUAAUGUCUCGAGCUUUACCAUCAACAAAUUCAUCACCAUUUCGCCGCUGGGGUCAAUCAUCAUUUCGUACUGUACGUACAACACCAGAUCAAAGACCAACAAUAUCUAGAAGACCAUCAUCGUUAGCUGCAUCUGAAAAUGAUGUUUAUACAAAAUCAAUGGAUGAUUUUAUAAACGAUGAUGUCAAUUCAAUACAUAGCCAUAGUGAUGGUGGUGCAGAUAUACAAAUCGGACGUACUAAAGCAUUAGCAAUAAAUUUUUUAAAUGCAAUCAAUGCACAACAAAAUAAUAGUAAUAAUAAUCAUAACAUACAUUUACCAACAAAUUCAAGUAAUAAAUUUUCAUCAAAUCAUCGAGUUCAAAUAUGGGGCAAUUCAUUUGAAAAACUAUUAGAAGAUCCUGCCGGUUUACAUACUUUUGCUGAAUUUUUGAAAAAAGAAUUUUCUGCUGAAAAUAUAUAUUUUUGGACUGCAUGUGAACGUUACCAUCAUAUAAAUGAUGAUAAUGAACGUGCACAAAAAGCAAUUGAAAUAUACUCGAAACAUUUGGGUACAGGUGCAUGUGAACCAGUUAAUGUUGAUUCACAAGCAAGAAGUUUAGCUGAAGAGAAAUUAGAAUCUGCCGAUAGAAAUAUAUUUAAUUAUGCUCAAAAACAAAUUUAUAAUUUAAUGAAAUUUGAUAGCUAUCAAAGAUUUAUUCGUUCUGAUUUAUAUAAAAAAUGUUUAGAAGCAGAGGCUAAAAAUCAACCAUUACCAUAUACCGGAGAAAAUUUAAGUGAUUCAUUGAAAACUAGUAAUAUGUUGAACUCACCGGGCCCUUCAAAAUUGAAAAAAUCGGCAAGUAAUGCUGAAGAUCGUCGACGUAAAAGUUUAUUGCCAUGGCAUAGGAAAGUACGUUGUAAGUCCCGUGAUCGAACAAAUAAUAAUAAUGAUAACGGUGUGGCAGAUAAUAAUUCUGAAAUUAAUCCUUUAAGUAAAUCUCAAUCAUCUAGUGGCAAUACUUUGAAAUUACCGCAUACAAAUUCAACCAGCGAUAUACAUAGUUCACGCAGCUCUCUAUCUAGUUUUGAUGCUAACACAUGUUUGACAUCAAACCCUAAUACAGCUUUUAAUAGCGGAUCCGAAGAAUCAAAAAGAAACUUUUGUCGUGUGAUAUUUUCCGAUGGAGCUGCAACAGUUACAUUAACGCGUCCAGAUCAAACUGUACGACAGUUAAUUGAACGUCUUUUGGAGAAACGUGGUUUUAAAUAUCAAUUUUUUGAUGUAAUUUUAAGUCCAAAUGGUAAAGCACUAGAUUUAGAUAGCUCCUCAAAUAUUUUAAUGAGUAAAGAAGUUCAAGUUGAGCAACGUAUUGCAUUUAAAUUGGAUUUGCCAGAUCCAAAAGUUAUUUCUGUAAAAAGUAAACCCAAAAAAGCGUUAUGUGAUGUUUUGAAACCAAUUUUGCAGAAGUAUAAUUAUCGUUUCGAAGAUGUACAAAUCUUAAUGCGAGAUACUCAUGAACAAAUCGAAUUAUCGUUACCAGUAACCGCCAUUGAUGGUCAAAGAUUAAGUGUUGUUUUGUUAAGAAAUGGAAACAAUUUAUGGAAACAACAACAAUUGCAAAAAAGAAAUGGUUUGUUAUUAACAACUUCAAGUUGCUCACCAAUUGCAACAGCAGCAGUACCGGAUACAUAUCAGCAUAAUUUAGGUGCAAUCAGUAAAAGUUAUUUACCAUCAAAUAAAAAUAAUUUGUUAAGUGUGCCGAAAUCAUUAGGCAUUCAAUCAAAUCAUCAAAGUACCUUAGACGAAAUUACAAAUAAAGUAUUUACUGAAGUUCUUCAAGGAAAAGUGGAUUCACAAGAAAACAAUAUGCCGAAAUCUGUCGAUCUCUGUUCAUUGAGAUCUGAUGAAUGUGCUUCAGAGUCAUCUUCCAUCUAUGAUCAGACAAAAUUUCGUGAUUUAAAUGCAGCUACUGCUAAAAAUUUUAUUAAACCAAAGAAACCAUUGACCAUAAAUACUACAAGUAAAUUUAAUGUAGAAAAAACCCAAACAUCUAAUUCAAUUACUACACAAACGGAUGAAAAUCUCAAUGUAAAUAAUAACAAUAAUAAUAGUACCAAUAAUAACAUGCAAUCAUCAAAUUCAAAUUUAACUGGUAUAAAAAAGCCUUUAAUUGCUAAAUGGAAAACUGGUGUUAAACUGCAGGUAACAGCACGAGCUCAUAAUCAAGAAGAAUUCUUAGAAGGUUUAAAACGUGCCCAGAGAGCACGUCUUGAAGAUCAACGUGGAACUGAAAUAAACUUCGAAUUACCAGAUUUUUUAAAAGAUAAAGCUAAUUUAAGUGCAGCUAAUAAAUUAAGGAAAAUUCGUGCAAAUUUAAAUCCAAUAACAAAUCAUAAUUCAAAUAUUAUAUCAGGUGGAAAUUUAGUGAAAACCACAUCAAAUAAUGGAAAUGAAACUACAAAUCGUAAUAGUUUAGAUUCAUCAAAAGAUCGCCCGCAACCAGCUCCAAGAUUAUCCAUAACUAAAAGUGCCAGUUCAAUCGCUAUAACAUCAAAUCGUACACACUUUGGCGCUACCAAUAACACAAAAAACAACAGCAAUAUUAAUAGUGAUAACAAUGACAAAAACAACAAUAGCAAUACUAAUACUAGUAUUAGUUACAGCAACACCAAAACUGGCAAUCAACAAAAAGAUGAUGAAAAUAUUAUUGGUAAUGAUAAUAGCAGUAGCAGCAACACUAGCAAAAGUAUUGAAAAUUUGAGUUCACCUAAUAGUUCUAUAGUAGAUUUUAAUGAUGAUGUUGACAAUAAUGAUAAUAAUAUUACAAACUUAUUAAGAGGACCGCCACCCCUUCCACCAAAACCUAAGAUAUUACCCAUCAAACCAUCGAAUUGGGGACAAAAUGCCUCAAAUCAAACAAAUAUUUUACAAUUAUCGCAAUCAGCAACAACAAUAGCCGAUUUAAUUCCCGCUAGAAGAGCGUUAAAUAAUAAUGAAAUAUCUUCAGCUAAAAAUGCUUAUUUAGAUCAGCCGAGUAGCAGUUUUGUUUAAUUUUAUACACACAUACUCGUAUUUUUUUCAAUUACUAUAUGAUAUCUCAAUCUAAUCAAAAAUUUUAAUGAAAGUACUUUUCAUGAUCUUUGUCUUAAAUCUAGUGUAAUAAGGAUCUAAUCAAGAGUUUUUCGAUUUUAAUAAUUUUAUUCUUUGUAAGCUUUUUUUUUAAAACUUCAUAUGUAACAUACAUAUUAUAAUAUGGCUUUUCCUAUUUAACUUUUUGAUUUAAACAUAUAAUGUGAUUUGGAUUUAAACAGGAUUUCAUAAGUUUAUAAAUAUACAAAAUCUAUAUUUAUUUAAUAUUGUGUUACUCUAGAUAAUCUAUCUUUAAGAUAUAAAAUUUACUUUCAAAUACUAGAAUUUGUAAAAUUAAUUAUAAAAAAAAAACAAGAAAAACAAAUACAAAUUCGAAU